AUGCCUGCGCCCGCAACCCACCACACCCGCCUGCGCCACGGCGCCCCGACGCUCCUGCUCCUCCUGACGGCUCUCGCCACCACCCUCGCCUGCCGCCACCUGCCUCCCUGCCACUCCACCUUCCCCUGGGACAGCCUCAGCAUCCUCCGGGACAUGGCUCCCAGACCGCCACAGCCCUGCCAACACCAACAGGCGCCCUUCCCCUUCCCCGACACCCUCCUCCACAACAGCCACCCACAGCAAGCCGCCGCCACCGCCCGACACAUCCUCGACAACCUCUUCGCCACCCUCAGCGCACAGAGCACCCCCCAACACUGGGACGACCAGGCACGCCAUCGCCUCCUCAACAACCUCCACCGCCACAGCCAGCAGCUCCAGCAAUGCCUCGCACCCAACGGCACGCUCUCCCAAGGACAAGGGCCCCGCAACCGCACGCUCACCAUCAGCAAAUACUUCAGGCGCAUCCACAACUUCCUCCACACCCACAACCACAGCGCCUGCGCCUGGGACCACGUCCGCCUCGAAGUUCGCGCCUCUUUCCAGCGCCUCCACAACCUCACCCGCACCAUGUGCAAUUAGACCAACCGCCCCGACCAACCCGCGCGCACCCACGCGCC